CUGGCCUGGGUUCUUCUAGAAACUGCUCAGUCUAAGCAGUACAAUUUCUGAAUGCAUUUGGCAAUCGCUAUGUAGACAUAGAAACAAACUGUAAAAUAUUCGAGCAUAUCCGUUCUAAUUCCGCGCACCUCAUGCUUCAUGUACCUAGAUCCUGAGAUACCUACAAGGGUAUUCAAAGUUACAAUAUUCAAUGUUUACCACAUCCUACAUCCCGCACCUAUUAGCACAACAUUUAAGUACAUAGUAGCGUGAUACAUGCCUCUACCUAAGCACCUUCCCGGAUCCCGAAGAGUUGCUGCCGUAACAUCAGGCCUAGUAGCUCCACCUGAAGCUACUUCUCAAGUUCACCCACCAUCAUUUUCCUAUUCCAAAUCUAAUUCCGACUUUAAUUCCAAUUCUAAUCCCUCAAUUGCUUCAAGUUCAUAUCCGUUCGUACACACUAGGAAUAUCACCUCUCUAUCAAUUGGAAAUAAGGACCUUUUGAAGCGGAUAGCUUCUGAACAUAUUUGCAAGAUGUCGACCAUGCCAGCUCAACACGGUCAUUCUGAGGCCUGCUGUAACAUUCCACCUGUAGUCGCGAAGGGAUAUAGCGCAAAAGGCAGCUAUGAGGAACUCGGAGGCUUAAAAUCAUACGUAACCGGUCCGAAGGAGGCAACUAAGGGUAUAAUUACCAUCUUCGAUAUCUUCGGAUAUUACCCGCAAACACUACAGGGCGCCGAUAUCCUCUCAACUUCAGAUCACUCGCAGAAGUACAAGGUUUUCAUUCCGGAUUGGUUUAAUGAUGAGCCCGCCUCUCUCUCAUGGUUCCCUCCCGAUAACGAGGAGAAGCAAAACAGUCUUGGCGGUUUCUUCCAAAAGCACCCACCUCCAAGUGUGGCUGCGAAGGUUCCAGAUUACGUCAGUGCCGUUUCGGCCAAGUACCCCGAAAUUAAAUCGUGGGCUAUUCUCGGAUUCUGCUGGGGAGGAAAGGUCGUUUCCAUCGUAACCUCGAAAUCGGACACCGUCUUUAAAGCAGGUGUGGAAGCCCACCCGGCAAUGGUGGACCCCGCCGAUGCCGAGAAUAUCAAGGUUCCCCUAGCUUUGCUAGCUUCUAAGGAUGAGGCACCUGAGGACGUUAAGAAAUUCGAGGCGAACCUCACCGGUCCUAAGCACAUAGAGACCUUCGGCGACCAGAUCCACGGCUGGAUGGCCGCGCGCUCCGACCUCGAAGACGAACACGUCAAGGCCGAGUACAUCCGCGGCUACGAAACCGUGCUGAAGUUCUUGUCUCAACAUGUCUAAAAUAUCUAAAGACUAUUUCGCUUUGUUUAUUGGCAGGGUGGUGUAUGGGCGGAUUUGUAUCUAGGUGAGCUCAGAUCUUAGGAGGCAAGCCUUUACAUCAAAAUAAGGCUCAUAUAGAACUUGGCUUCCUUAAUUUACGAUUAUAGCACCCUCCGUUACCUUCGAGUAGGCGCGAAUUAACGAAAUUUUUAUGUUACGUACGAAUCCAAUUAAGCCGCGAGGGAAUGUAAGGAACAUUCAUAUAGCGAUAGCGAAUCUUGGUAUUGGUUCUCAGCAUGUGCUCAGAGCUACCUGCAAUGUCUGCCGUCAUGUCAUAGCUCAACCUUCCUCCCCCCUGCGAUGCGCACCUGGCCUAUUCUCGGUUUUUUUUUUUGGAUUUGUAUUUUUUCCGAGUUUUUUUUUAAAAAAAAAUCUUUGUGUGUCGUGAGCCAAUGUGCA